AUCCCGGCCUUUCUAGAACGCGCGCCACAUGUACGCACAGGCCAGUUGUUAACUUACUGCCAGUACCGGCGACUGUUCUUCAUUUUUUUACUCUUUUUUUCUGAACCUUCUCAGAUGAAAGCCGCUGUUUUACGGGCGCAGUUGGCCAGGCAGGCAUCAUUCUUAUAAGCCCGCCACCUUCUACCAACGUGUUUAUCACCCGUGUAUGAGAUUGUGACGUCGUGGGACAGUUGUAUAAAACAAAUCUAAGAAACGGGUCAGUUUUGUAGUUUUAACCAAUGUUACUUUAUUUCGAUAGGUAUUGAGUCUAAGGAACCCGCCAUGGAGCUGAUGGCCGACGCAAUGAAAGCAAAGAAUGACAUUUCCAAGAGAUCCGUAUUACAAGACUGCAAUGGCAUGGACUCCUGCAACUGUUAUUUCAAUAAGCAUCGAGUCGGCUGUGCAAGUGACGAGAUGAAAACUCAGUGCCCAGCUGCAUGCGAACAGUGUAUUCCAGCUCCAGGUUCGUGUACAAACAUGCUCCCAGACAGUACCUGCAACUACUUCAUGACGAAGGGCUACCUGGACAUCAGUCAUUAUCAGUAUUUUAUGUCCUGUCGUUGCACCAAGGCCUCUGGACUCUGUACAGACACACAAGAUCAAGAAACGACUGACGUCACAGACACAGACAUACAAGGUCAAGAAACGACUGACGAAGUCCAAUUUCGUGAAAAUUGUCUGAAGUACCACAACCUGAAACGCCCCAAUCACAACGCUGGUAAUCUGACCUGGGAUGAGAAAUGUGCUGAGGAGGCCACGAAAGCUGCUAAACGGCAGAAAGGGGGACGCCUGGUGCACACCAGGCGUCGUUACCGCACCUGGGGCAACGUGGUCCAUGGUGAGAAUCUGGCGUACAUGACUCGUGCCACUCCCAAGGCAGUCAUCGAGUACUGGUAUAAGGAGAAGGUUAACUAUAACCAAGGUUGCCAAACCAACCCCGUCGAGUGCUUUCGUCGGGGCAAGCGCAAUCGAAAGUUUGACAUCAGUCAUUUUGCUCAGUUGGUGUGGAAGAAGACCGAAAAGGUUGGCUGUGGUAAGGAAGGUAACGUUAUUGCCUGCAUGUAUGGGCCAACUGGAAACGUUCUCAAGACACAAGAAUUCAGGGACAACGUCGACCCUUAACUUCACAAAAUUCAAUGAAUGUAUGCCUUGAAUGUAUUUCUUGUAGACGAUCAACAAUCUCAGAAUACAUUCUGUUACGUACCCACGUUGAUUCCGUUUAACGAGUAAGAUUUUGUCCUAUAUCCGCCAGAUAUUUGUAAUAGUAGAGCAUGUUACAGAUUUGAGAGUUUCUUUUGCCGUCGUCGUAGAGUGUGCAGGCUUUUGCCUCUGACCAUAGCAAGGCAACGUUUUUUUUAGAUAUCAUUCCCUGAAAUUCUGAAGAGGUCAAGAUCUGUCAUACUUAUUAUUAAUUCCUAUAUAGGUUUCAGUAGACACUGAGUGGCAUUUUAAUUAAUAAUCUUUAUUGCAACUUCAUGCAUGUAUAUGCCCGAGGGCUAAUUGCAGACAAAGUAAAGUAGUGGUGUACAUAAUUGUAUACUGUACAGAGAAGGAAAAUGAGAACUAUAGACAAAUCAAAAGAGAAAUAACGUCUAAUCUUAAUCUAUUUCUACUUAAGCUAUUUGAUGGGUUUGACUUCUUUUACGUAUGCAGUGGGAGAGGAAUUUUCAUAUAUAGAGGGGUUAAUACUACUAACUACUGUAGCAGGAAUUGAGACAAUAUACGUGGUGCAUAUCUGGAGUUUUUGACUCUUUGU